AUCAGACACGAGCGUGAGGUAUUCCAUGUGUGAAGUUACUCUUUACUGAGGCCACGUGAUUUCCAGGCCGAGCCAUAAUUCCAAGAUCUUAAACCGACCUUGACACAAACUGCAAAUUGCAGACAUGGCGCAUUCGUUUGCAUCGACUUUGCUGCUGGCAGCGAUUGGGCCGCGCUUGGUGGCUGGGUCGCUGCUCCAGGCUCUAUCCAAUGAGCGCCCAGAUCCGGCGGUGUUUCCUUCCCCGGAAACCCCCCACCACUUGCCACCGGCCGGCACGAAUGUGACGGGCCCGAAGUCCACCAACAAGUUCUGGGCCAAUUGGGUGGUGGAGGAGGGCCGCGACUUGGCGAUCCACCCCAUGCCUUACGUGCUGAAGUUCGAGUCUUCGCCGCCCAACAUGAAGAUCUCCAGGUCUUCCGCGCCCCACAUCGUGUAUGGGGACUCGCAGACCAACGGGCCGGACAAGGUGCGGUACUACUUCUCGCCCUUCAUCAACGAGUUUGGUUUGGGAGCUGUGGAGAGUGCGGGGCCCGAGGGUCACGUGGUGGUGAAGGAGGGGCUCUUUGGAUUGCAUGCGGAGGUGCGCGGGCCGAGUGGCACAGAUCGCCGGAUCCUCUUCCCCAUCUACAGCGGGAUGGCCUACGUGUCUGGCCUCUACGAGGGCUUCACUCCGCAGGUGACCUCCGAGCGGGCCUUGCUUUUGCUGGAGCCCGUUGCUGAUGGCAUUUGGAGGCUCCUGAACAACGGGGGCAAGGAGUUCCGGCUCUACGCCAUUGACACUGCGGGCAACUUCGCGGAUGCAUCCUUUGAGUUUGGCCCAGAUGGAAAGAUGAACAAGGCGUUCCAUGGCUGGAUCCGUCUGGCGGAGGUGCAGGCGCCCGAAGAUCACGCAAUCCUGGACCUGCACGCUCCAGCAGUCCUCAUAGACUGGGAGCUGGACGUUCCGGGCGGCGGGGCCGUGAAGUACCACUUUACCAAGCACGCCUCGGUGCCCACACAACUCCUUCAUUUUGCCUACCCGCACCACGAGAAGCUGAUGACGGGGAACACCCAGCAGGUCGCGCAGCUCACACGCAUGAGAGCGCCCACCAAGGGCCGGAUGGCAGGCGUCACCGGGGACCAGUGGCACCUGCAAAUAAGCACGGCUGAAGAGGACGGCCUCGACUUUCUUCCCAAGACGGAGCCCCGUGGUGAUCGAGUGGGCGACCUGACCCAGAAGGCCGUGGACACCUUGGCGUGGUUCCUGGACGGAGACCAAUGGAAGCAGGCGAUGUUCAAGGGAAGCUACUACUUCAGCGGCAAAGGCUUCCAGAAGGUCGCAUACACCUGCCUUCUGUUGGAGAAAUUCCAUGGGCUUGCCAGCACUCACACGCAGAACUGCGCCGACAUCUUGAAGAAAGGCUUCCAGUGCUUGUACGUGCCGGGCACGGCUGGUUGUGCCGGUGCCCCCAUGGGCCUCUACUACGACCACUGGUGGGGCGGCGCUGCCAGCCGCGAGGGGUUUUCUGAUAAGGGCUGCCGGACGGCAGACUUUGGCAACGCCUGCUACAACGACCACCACUAUCACUUCAGCUACUUCGUGGUGUCGGCGGCGGCUCUGGUGAAGCUUCAGCCGGAGAUGGCGGCAGACGCAGGCUUCGUGUCCUUUGUGGACACCUUGAUCCGAGACACCACCAACCCCAGUUCCCAGGAUGGCUACUUUCCGGUGUUUCGCUCCUUUGAUUGGUUCGACCUGCACUCCUGGAGUCGUGGCGUGAUUCCCAGUGCCGACGGGAAGGACCAGGAGUCGACCUCGGAGGAGCUGAACCUGCUUUAUGGUAUCCGACUUUGGGGCGUAGCCUUGCAGAGGACUGCCCUGCGAGAUCUUGGCACCACCAUGCUCGCCUUGUGUGCAGCAACGAUCCGGGAGUUCUUCCUGAUGAAGUCCGACAACGAGCACCACCCCGCAGACUUUGCGGCAAACCACGCGACAGGCAUCUUCUUCCAGAACAAGGUGGACUAUGCCACAUGGUUUGGCUGGAGGUACGAGUUCAUCCAUGGCAUCCAGAUGUUGCCCGUUACCCCAGCCCUGCUGCUGACACGAACGCAGGAGUUUUGCAGGCAGGAGUGGGACAACGUCCUGUCGCGACUGCCGCUGAGCCCAACGGAUCCUUGGACGUCGCUGCUGCUCACCGGCACGCUGGCCAUCAUCGAUCCGGAGGGCGCCUACGAGAAGCUUAGCGCCAUGUCACCUCACUUCAUGGACGACGGCCUGACCUGGGUGUGGUCUCUCUAUUGGUCUGCUAGCUUGUCUGGAGCCGACGCAGUGGGAAGCACCACCGGUGCCUCCACCACGCCGUCGGCGCCUUCUGGCGUGAACGUGGCCCUGGAUCGCCUGGCCCUCGCCUCCUCCGAGGCCGCGCCCGAGCUCGGCGCCGCUCGCGCGGUGGAUGGCCUCUUCGUCACCUACUGGAGCCCGGCAGCCAGCGACGAGGACCCGUGGAUCUCGGUGGACCUGGGCACCGUGCAGCGCCUGUCGCACAUCGUCUUGUACUGGGGCGAGUUCUACCCGCUCAGCUACUGGGUCCAGGCCAAGGACGAUGUGUCGGACUGGUCCACGAAGGCCGUGAACCUUGGUGCAGCGGGCAAUCUGCAAUCGAACAUGCCAGUGAACACCUUUGCGCGGUUUGUUCGGGUGGUGUGCCAAAGCAGUGCAGGCUCGGACCUUCGCCUGUGGGAGAUCAAGGUCUAUGCAGAUGAAGUUGCCACAACCUCGGUGACCACAUCUACGUCCACAGCAUCCACGGUUGCCGCGACCACGGCAGCCGCGACCACGGCACUGCCAACAACCACCACUGCCGAGGUAAUGACAACCACGGCUGGGGCAGGCACCACCACUGAGGCAAUGACAACCACGGCCGAGGCAGUGACAACUACGGCCGAGGCCAGCACCACAUCCGCGGCCCAGACGAGCACACUGUACCUUGGGCCCAACUUGGCCUUGACGAAGCCUGUGCUGGCGUCAUCCUUCCGGUCUCCCACCGAGUUCGCGUUCAGAGCCGUGGACGGAGAUUCAGGCACUCAGUGGGCAUCUGCUGGGAGCGACCAGUGGCUCUGGGUUGAUCUGCUGGGUCUGCAUGAGGUGCAUCGCGUGGUCGUCGCCUGGGGCUCGGAGUAUGCGGAGUUGGUGAUCCAGACGGCGCCGGAUGGCAUCGUUUGGACGGAUGCAGCCACAGCUGCCCGGCAGCCUGGCUUGGUGGCAACCGAGUUCCAGCCCCCGAUCCAAACCCAAUGGGUGCGAGUGCUUUGCCGCACGAGCUGCAGCAUUCGAGAGCUGAGCAUCCAUGGAGGUGCGCCAAGCACCACCACGCCCACUGCGCCCACAGUCCCAACAACCUCCGGCCAGACCCCGGUUUCCAGUGGGGUGAAUCUCGCCCUGGCGCAUCCCGUGCUUUCGUCUUCCCAGAGGUCGGCCGAGGAGCACGUGUCCAAGCUGGUGGAUGGCUCCGAGAGCAGUGAGUGGGCCUCCGCCGUGGGAGAAGCCGCGCCCUGGGUUUGGGUGGACCUGCUGGGCGUGUUUUCCAUCGCGGAGGUGGCGGUCCACUUCGGCGACGGCGCCGCGCAGUACACGGUGGAGACCAGCGCCACCGGGGAGAAGUGGACGGCCGUGGCCAUGGAUCAGGGUCGGGCGAACGAGGUGGUGACCACCCCCUUGCGCGGCGAGGCCAAGUUUGUGCGCCUGGUCUUCAAGUCCCUGGACACCUCCAGUGUCAGCGUGCGGGAGCUCAAGGUGUUUGAAGCCAGCAGUGGCGGCACCAGUUCCAUGGCACCCAGCACGAGUUCUGUGGCCAAGGGCAAGCCCGUGCUCGCUUCGUCCCAGCUCAUCAGCGACUUUGCAGCACGAGCUGUGGACGAUGCCAUGGGCACUUCCUGGGCAUCGGUGCCGGUGGGGGAGCAGUGGAUCUGGGUGGACCUCCUCACCAGCCACGACCUCAGCCACGUGGUGAUCUUCUGGGGCGACAACAUCCCCAGCAGCUACAACUUGGAGAUCAGCUCUACUGGCGUCACCUGGGAGGUGGCGGUGCAUGACGUCCAGCCGGAACUGGCCGGCGAGGUGCAGACGGACUUGGCCGGCGUGAAGUCCCAGUGGCUGCGCGUCUACUGCAAGGGCGACCACGGCUGCAGCCUCCGGGAGCUGCAGGUCCGGAACUUCCGAUCUGAAAGUACCCGUUUAAACCGCCGAUUUUUUUGGGGGAACCAAAGGAUAAGUACAGGGCUUUAAGCCUAUGAACGCUCUUGUUUUGGAGAAAGGGAGAAGCGCAGGGCUGUAAGCCGCGCGCUGCAGGUCUUUGGGGCGCCAUCCGGGGCGCCCAGGUUUCUUCGAGAGGUCAGCGAUGUUGCCGCGCCGCUGAAGUGGCCUUUGUGUUUGCUUUUUGCAGUUGUCUCAGUCGGCAUUGCGCUGAGCCUGCCCGCAAAACCUGAUGGGGGUCGGCAAAUUGACCCCAAGGAUCAGGUGUGCUUAGCAUGAUGUAUGCGUCAUCUGAUGCUUACAUACAUGUCUACAUUUUUGGUGCACUUUUGCACACGUUUAACCCUUUGCGGGUUCACGCCUGUAAACCCAAAGUGCCUCAUGCGUGCGGACAAGUUGCACGCUCGUUUUCCGGCGCGUGUUUCGGGCGAUUGAUUUAUGUUUUGCCUUAUAGCUUCACUCGGCAUAAGCUGGUGGCUGUCAGGCGAGUGCUGUCUGGACACCAGAAUUCCAGGCUGCACCUUGGGCUAUGGAAAUCGCUGCACCUCUCACACGAAGUGUGACUCAGCGAGCAAUUCCUCGAUUCCGCACGUGCCACCGAGAGCACGCUGAAACUCUAAGUAUCGAGUCCGUUUUGGCGCGACCAUAAAGUGCAGUCAAAUGGGAACCCGCGAAGAAGCCC